AUGCCUCAGAAAUCCCCUCGGCCGAAGGGUCCGCCCCCAGCCGACUACAAAGCCAUCGCCGAGCAAUUCGCCAAAGCGAAGCGCCAAAAGGAAAUUGAGGAGGCCAGCAGAUCCCCCGAGGUGACCAAGGCUGAUAAGGAGCGGUCGAUACUUCUUGAGAAGCAGCGCGAGGUGUUUGAGACUCGGCGCAAGGAUGCCUACGAGCGUAGAUGGUGGUGGACCGUCGCCUUCUGGGCGUGGAUGCUCUGUCUCCAUGCCAUUGGCAUCGCCUUCUUCACCAGCGGCUUCCUCCUGACGCGACUGGUCCUCGACGAGAAAUCCAACUGUACGACGCCUCCGCUCGAGCUCUCGUCGAGCUGGAAGGGCCAAGGCACGGUCCAGGGCGGCUGCUGGCACCCAAAGUCGUUCGACAAGGCGGUGGUCGUCAUCGUCGAUGCGCUGCGGUACGACUUUACGGUCCCCGUGGACGACCAGGCUCCUUUCCACAACGCGUUGCCCUUCUUGCACGAGACCGCCGUCAAGUCUCCGGACCAUGCCUUCUUGCGCCCCUUUAUCGCCGACCCGCCAACGACUACCCUGCAGAGGCUGAAGGGCCUGACUACUGGUACACUGCCGACUUUCAUUGAUGCUGGCAGCAACUUCGCUGGCACCGCAAUUGAGGAGGACAACCUUCUCAUGCAACUCAAGGACGCUGGGAAGCGCAUAGCACACCUUGGCGACGAUACUUGGAUGUCUUUAUUCCCCGGCUAUUUCGAGGCCAAUGUUAGCAGGGCUUACGACAGCUUCAACGUCUGGGAUCUGCACACGGUUGACAAUGGUGUCAUCGACCACAUCUUUCCUCUCCUCAAGAAGGAGCAGAAGGGCAAAUGGGAUGUUCUCAUCGGCCACCUGCUUGGUGUCGACCAUGCUGGGCACCGGUAUGGACCAAACCAUGCGGCAAUGACGGCCAAGCUCCAGCAGAUGGACAUCUUCAUCCGUGAUCUCGCCGCUCAAAUUGACGACAACACUCUACUUGUCGUGAUGGGAGACCAUGGCAUGGACAGCAAAGGCGAUCACGGCGGCGAGAGCGACGACGAGGUCGAGGCAGCUCUAUGGAUGUACUCGAAGCGUCCCUUCUUUGGCCGGACGACACCCGAGUUCAAGCAACCCCCGAGCAUGGCCAAGAUCAGACCGGUUAACCAAAUCGAUCUCGUACCAACUCUGGCACUGCUGAUGGGCAUUCCAAUUCCUUACAACAAUUUGGGACGUCCCAUUGAGGAAGCUUUCGCUGGCAAGAAGGGCAAAGCCUGGGACAACCUUGCUGCAGUAUCGCGGUUGACUGCUGCUGGUAUUCAACGGUACCAGGACUCGUACUUCGCUGCCCGUGGCAUGAAUCAGUCUAAAAGCGCCACCGCCGGCCACGUAUCGAACCUCUGGAGGAAGGCCGACCGUUCGUGGCAGUGGAAGAACCACCAGGAGUCCUACGGCUUUUUCAACUUGUUCCAGGAGGAGACUCUUCGCAUCUGCAAGGACUUGUGGGCCCGCUUCGAUGUACCCAAGAUGGUGACGGGUAUUGUGGUCAUGGCAGUUGGCGUAAUAACACUGCUUGUCUACGCUUCGCGUGAUGCGGACGAGGACUUCGCUGUUCUCGACGACCUCGAACUCGACCUGGCGGAGAAGAAAUUGGAGCUUCAGGGCGUUCAGUCUGAUGGCUCAGCGUCAUACAAGAGUCUUCACGAGAAGAUAUUCCUUGCUGCUAUUCUCGGCGCCGUACCUGGAGCAUUGGCUGGCGCUGGGUACUCCAUCUUCACCGGACCGGAGGAUUUGGUCUACGCCGUCGCCGGUGGCGCUGUCACCAGCGCGAUCGGUGUCUUGUUCUCGCUUUACGGCUUCGGCAAGACUCUCCUCAAUCUUCUGCCCAACAACAUUUGGGGCUGGCUCGCGGUUCUCUUCACGCUCAGUCAGUCCAUUGGCUUCGCAUCAAACUCGUACACCAUCUGGGAGGACUCGAUCCUCCUCUUCUUCAUCACGACCUUUGGCGUGGCAAACAUCUUUGCUGCGUUCUCCGUGCCUACGAUGCGAGAACGCACCCUUGCGAUAUACCAUUCCGUUCUGUUUGUUAUUCUUGGUAGGCUUGCAUCGUUCUCCAAACUCUGCCGUGAGGAGCAGAUGCCCUACUGUACCUCGACCUACUAUGCCUCGGAUACCUCCUCGACCUCUUCUACCUGGCAAUUGGCCAUUCCUUUCGCCGUCGCCAUCAUUUUACCUUCCAUCAUCCAGUCUUUCCUUUUACCUACACGAUCCUGGGAGGGGCUUGGGCCAGCAUGGAUUGGCUAUGUCUACCGCAUUGGUCUGCUUCUGUCAGCGUCGUACUGGGUUCUGGAUGCCGCCGACAACGGCGACUGGUUCCCGGAACUGCCACCUCAGACUCUGAAGAAUGCUGGAACCUAUAUGGCUCAAGCAAUUCUCGCCCUAGUAUUCGUCGCCGGAACCACGGCGUUUGUGUGGGCACCGCCGCUGGUCUCUAUCCUCACAACACCCACCAAGACCGGCACCACACAAAUCACUGUCUUGGGCUAUGGCAACACGCACGGAGCGAGGUAUCUGCUUCUGCCGAUGAACAUCGUGGGAGCUUGCAUCCUCCUCUCGAAGCCAAUGGGAGGCGGUGCCCUGGCCCUUAUGUUCUGGCAGAUUCUCUCACUGGUGGAGAUUCUCGACCUUAACUCUUUGACAAAUGAGGCCAUUGGACCCAUCAUGCUUGCAAUCAUUGGCAACUUUGGGUACUUCAAGACUGGCCAUCAAGCCACACUCAGCAGUCUCCAAUGGGACAGUGCUUUCAUUCCGCUGUUCACCAUCCGAUACCCGUGGAGUCCCAUCAUCAUGGCCCUCAACACUUUCGCCGGUCAAAUUGUUGCGGUCGCAGCCGUCCCUCUCAUCGUACUCUGGAAAGUCGGUCCUAAGAGGAAGGGGGUACUUGAGAGCGUUGGCAGGGCGUUGGGUAUAUUUGUUGCCUACUUCGCCGUUGAGUCGUUGGCGACUAUGGCAUGGGCUGGGUGGCUGAGGAGACACCUUAUGCUCUACAGAGUGUUCAGCCCCCGCUUCAUGAUGGCGGCGGCUCUGCUACUGGUUGUGGACUUGGUUGGACUUGUCAUCACCCUCAUCGGCGUCAGAUCCAACACGAUGGCGGUGAGCGAGGUCUUUGGCUGGGUUGAAUAA